UAAACGACUGAGGCGAUUAAUUCAUUCGGCUGCCGACGGGCUCGGAGUCGGGUAGGGCGCUGUCUGAGGGGGCCGCUGUUGGAAAAAGGAGUCCGAGGCCUGGUCUGGCGAGCGGACGCUGUGAGGUGGAGGCUGUAUCCGCCUCGGGCCCGGCCGGAAGGCCCGUGAGAGGCGGAGGCUUCGGCCUGGGCCUCCCCUGCGGGGAAGGGGACGCAGCCGUGACCCGCCUCUCUUUCUCCCCUGAAGGAGGACGGAGGAGCCCGGCGGGGGAAGGAAGGAAGCGCCGCCCGAGAGGAGGAGGAGAGCGGGCCCCGCGGAGCAGCCCUGCCCGGUCCCGGCGCGGCUUCCCCGGGAGACGGCGGGAAAAGGCCGGGAGGCUCCGGGGCUGCCGGAGGGAUGAGCCCAGGGGGAGGCCGGGAAAGGCGGCUGCCUGGAGGGCGAUGCGGGGAGGAGGAAACGGGCGGAGACCCCGAGACGGUCCUGGUGGGCGGAGGCUCCUUCGGAAGACCCGGGAGGCCCCCAAGGAUCCAGGAGGGAGGAAAGGAAUAUCAGUGCCUGGAAUGUAAAAAAUCCUUCAAAAGAAACGACCAUCUUGAAAGCCAUCUAAGAAUCCAUUCAGGAGAGAAACCUCAUAAAUGCUUUGAGUGUGGAAAGAGCUUCAGUCAUUUGGGAAACCUUUAUAGACAUCAAAGGAUCCAUUCAGGAGAGAAACCACACGAAUGCCUGGAGUGCGGAAAAAGAUUCAAUUUGAGGGAAAGCCUUUAUAGACAUCAAAGGAUCCAUACUGGAGAAAAACCAUACAAAUGCCUGGAAUGUGGAAAGAGCUUCAAUGUGGUGGGAAACCUUUAUACACAUCAAAGAUUCCAUUCAGGAGAAAAGCCAUAUAAAUGCCUGGAGUGUGGAAAGAGCUUUACUCUGAGUGGACACUUUUAUACACAUCAAAGAAUCCACACAGGAGAAAAGCCCUAUAAAUGCCUAGAAUGUGGAAAGAGCUUUACUGAGGGUGGACAGCUCCAUAACCAUCAAAGGAUCCACACUGGAGAAAAACCAUAUAAAUGCCUGGAGUGUGGAAAGAGUUUCAGUGAGAGCGGAAGUCUUUCUAAGCAUCAAAGAAUCCACACAAGAGAAAAACCAUAUAAGUGUCUGGAGUGUGGAAAGAGCUUUACUGUGGGUGGACAGCUCCAUAAUCAUCAAAGGAUCCACACUGGAGAAAAACCAUAUAAAUGCCUUGAGUGUGGAAAGAGCUUUACUGAAGGUGGACACCUCCGUCGACAUCAAAGGAUUCACACUGGAGAAAAACCGUAUAAAUGCCUGGAGUGUGGAAAGAGCUUCAGUCAGAAAGGACAGCUUUAUAGACAUCAAAGAAUCCACAUAGGAGAAAAAUCCUAUAAAUGCCUGGAUUGUGGAGCAUCCUUCACAACAAGCAGAAAACUCAGAAAUCAUCAAAGAAUUCACUUGGGGGAAAACCCCUAAAAAUUCAUGGAGUGUAGUAAACUUUCAGUCAAAAUAUGUUUCAGUAAAAAUUAUAAACUUUACUCUCAGAAAAAGUUUUUAAGUGUGCUAAAUCCUUCAGAAACGGCAAUUCCAAAACCACCAAAAAUCCAUAUGGGAGAGAAACAUAAAUGGACUGAUUAUGGCUAUAAAUAUAGGCAGCAAAUUCUGCAGCCUUGGAUGACAUGCACAAGGGUUUCUCUAGUGCUAAGAACCUUCUUAAAUACUUAUCACAGAUCUAAUUACAAUCCAAUAAGGCACAGGUGUGGAUUUUGCCCAUUCAACCUGUGGAUAUAUACUGUACUAUCAGCCCAAACCUUCAAACUUGGAUAUGCAAACUUGGGAAUAGAACCAUUUUACUAUUUCUUUUAUUAUCAUGGUUUGUUUAAUAUCCUAAUUUAUGAAACCUAAUAAUAUUGAUUUGA